CGGAGUUCGAUAAAUAUUAAAUACGUCUAAUUUCCACUAUCUUAGUUUUAGUUUGCAGAAUUUCCCAACAAACUCUCAGCACCAGCAUCGUCGUUAUCCGCAAACUCCGCCAAACAGCCUCACCAAAACGCAAACUACUCCUCCACGGCCCUCUCAUCUCCACCAUCGCCUCCCAGCCAUUCCGACUUUCGACCUCCAUCUUCACGAGUCCAAUCCUCGCCAUGCUUCCACAGUCUAGAGAUUAGAACACCUUGCUUAAGAUAUUCUUCGAUUUUACUCUGUUCCUAACCUUCAAUGGACGAAAUUCCGUCGUAAUCGUGUGCAAUUUCAACGAACUUUCCUUCUCAACUACUGGCGAAGUAAGAAAUUCGAAGGUGCGGCUUAAUCCGAUGCCUUCGUUCCGCGCUUUCCUCAACAGCCCGGUUGGCCCUAAAACAACGCAUUUUUGGGGACCUGUUGCUAACUUUGGUUUCGUUGCUGCUGGGCUUGCAGAUGUGAAAAAACCUGCUGAUAUGAUUUCUGGGAGAAUGACGGCAGUUUUGUGCGUCUAUUCGUUGUUAUGCAUGAGAUUUGGGUAUAUGGUUCGACCUCGAAACUAUUUGCUGAUGGGAUGUCAUGCUGCGAAUGAAUCUGUUCAGCUCUAUCUUCUCUCUCGUUGGGCGAUGGGCCAGAGGAAGACUGUAGAUUACAGCAACGAGUAGCUUCAAUGGCGAUGGUAUGGAUAUAUGAUGAUGCUAUCGAUGCUGCUUCGAAUCCCUGUUGAUACUUGCUUUUGGGAUUUGAUUUAUUAAUUAAAGAUCACACACACACACAACUACUUGAUGACUUCAAUGUCCUAAUUUCCCUUUGCUUCAUCUCUUUCGAUUCAAUUGAUAGCUAGCUAUGCUUACUUUA